AUGUUCAUCCCCUACACCUACGCCGUGCACCAAGCCUCCUACCACGAUCACCCACCCAUCCCUACCCUGUACCAUAACUUACUCUUCACCCAACAACGUCAGGGCAAAGUAGCGGAGCUUCGCCUCGAGCUCAACAGUAGCGGUGGCAAAAAGGACAAGAACUUUAGUAGCAAGAAGAUUGCGCUGAAGAAGAUUGUGGCUAAUAUGACGAUGAGCAACAAUGAUAUGGUGGCGCUGUUCCCAGAUAUCAUUGGCGUCAUGGGUGUCAGUAGUCUCGAGAUCAAGAAGAUGUGCUUCCUUUAUCUCGUGAACUACGCACGAGCGAAGCCCGAGAUUGCGCUCAAGGCCCUUCCCAUCUUGAUCAAUGACCUUGAAGACUCAAAUCCUCUUAUGCGCGCGCUAGCUUUACGAACGCUAUCGUACAUACACGUGCGACAAUUCGUCGAAUCGACGCUACAACCCUUGAAGUCGUUAUUGAAAGACUCAGAUCCGUACGUGCGGAAGACUGCAGCUUUCUGCGUUGCAAAGCUAUACGAUCACGACCGCACGCUGGUAGAGAGCAGUGAUCUAAUAGAUCGACUCAAUCUGAUGCUGCGAGACGAAAACCCGACUGUUGUAUCAUCGGCUCUUGCUGCACUCAUGGACAUCUGGGAACGUAGCGAAAGCAUCAAACUGACUAUCGACUACGCCAAUGCCAGUAAGAUCGUCCAGAUUUUGCCCGACUGUUCGGAGUGGGGUCAAACAUAUAUUCUGGAAGCACUCACAUCAUACGUCCCUCAAGACAUCUCGGAAGCCGCACUCCUCGCUGAUCGCAUAACGCCACGCCUAUCGCAUACGAACUCCGCUGUGGUACUCACGUGCAUACGCGUAAUACUUUACCUGAUGAAUUACAUCGACUCCGACAAAACCAUUGCAUCACUUUGUGCAAAGCUCAGUCCGCCUUUGGUCACAUUACUCAGCAAGGGACCAGAAAUUCAGUAUUUGGCACUACGGAACGCACUCUUGAUUCUACAGCGAAGACCAGAGGUUCUUCGAAAUGACAUCCGAGUCUUCUUCUGCAAGUACAACGAUCCGAUCUAUGUCAAGGUGACUAAACUAGAACUCAUCUUCAUGCUUGCUUCUGAGAAGAACAUUCGUGAGGUACUGACUGAGCUACGAGAAUACGCGACCGAAAUUGACGUGCAUUUUGUGAGAAAGUCUGUGCGAGCGAUAGGAAAGCUGGCCAUCAAGAUCGAACCUGCGGCAAAGCUAUGUAUUACAACAUUGCUGGAGCUGGUGGCGACAAAGGUCAGCUAUAUCGUGCAAGAGGCCACCGUCGUGAUCAAGAAUAUCUUUCGAAAAUAUCCAAAUCAGUAUGAGUCGAUCAUCUCUACGCUCUGCGAGAACCUUGAUAGUCUGGACGAACCGGAAGCUAAAGCAGCUAUGAUCUGGGUCAUUGGGCAGUAUGCCGAUCGAAUAGAUAAUUCAGAGGUCUUGCUUGAGGACUUCCUGGAUAGCUGGCCAGACGAGACACAUGAAGUGCAGCUUGCUCUUCUGACAGCAACGGUGAAGCUCUUCAUACAACGGCCGACGAAGGGGCAAGACAUGGUCCCCAAAGUUCUGAGAUGGGCGACUGAGGACACGGAUAACCCGGACUUGCGGGACAGAGGCUAUAUGUAUUGGCGUCUCCUUUCCAGCAACCCCACGGCCGCGAAGGAUAUUGUAAUGGGAGGUAAGCCUGCGAUCACCGCAGAGAGCGAGAAGUUGGAUCCCGUGACGCUGGAGGAAAUGUGCCUCGUGGUCGGCACACUGGCUACAGUCUACCUCAAGCCCGUGCACACCGUCUUCCGCUCCGCUCGAGCAAGACGCUUGAUCGAUAGUCCUGCACUCCAAAAACACAACAUGCCCUCGUGGCAAGCGGCGCAGCAAGCGAGACUCUUGACUGAGCAACAGAUGGCUAUACAAUCGAACGGCGCUGCCAACGGGCGGAAUGGUGAUGUGCUGGAUGAGGCGGAUGCGCUGUUCGCUUCGAUGCAUGGCAUGCAACUUAACGAUAAUGAUGGUUUUGGUGGAAGUCCGACGGCUGCCACGCAUGGCGAGCAGGGUGGACAGAUGUACAUUGUUAACCAGGGGCAGGGUUUGGGGACGGUGCAGCCGACUCAACAUGUACAGAAUGGGGAGGGGGAUCUGUUGUCGUUUUGA